AUGUCUAGCAUGCAGCAACCCUUGAAUGCAGGCCAAGCCCAAGGCCAGGGCCAGGCUAAGGCAGAAGAGUGGAUGCAAUCCACACAGGACACAGCAAAUCAAGCUAAGAACAUGACAUCUGAUGCAGCUCAAUCAGCCAAGGAGUCUGCCCAGCAUGGAAAGGACCAAAGUGCUGGAUUUAUUCAGCAGACUGGAGAGCAAGUGAUGAACAUGGCUCACGGUGCCAUGGACAGUGUGAAGAGCACACUUGGCAUGAAUGAAAAGAAAUGA